AUGGUUGCCGAUCCAACUAUGCCACCACAAGUGGAACUUUCACCAGUCAAUAGGGUCUACCAUACAGCAUCGCCAAUCUCAAGUCCCACGCACCAACGUCAACUUCAACUUCAACUCACCAACCACUACAAAUACAUCCAAUCAAACAACAACAAUAUCGCAUCCACAAUCCAAGUAUUGCCAAUCACUACCUCGAGCUCUUUUGAAGUCCCAUCUCCUACCCACUCAUACCCACUUUCAGUCUCAGUAACCCCAGAAGCCCCAUCACUUGUAUCUCCUCAUGAUCCACCCUACGACGCUGACUUGUACUACCCGCAACGAAGCACAAUUAGACCAAGAGGAGCUUCCUUAUUCAGUAGAGAUUUGUUUGAUGAGUAUGUGGGUAGUCGGUAUGACAGGUUCAGGCCAACUGAAUCUCAACAAAACAAUGAUGUUGUCAUGAACAACAUGCAUCCUUUUCAAAGAGACGAUUAUGGAGUUGUGCCAAAGACGUUUCUUGAGAGUUUUGCAUCGUGGUUUAAAUCAAAGCCACCAGUGACAGUACUCGAUUUGGAAAUGCAACAACAACAACAACAACAACAACAACAACAACAACAACAUCGCAAUCCAGAUGAUGAAGAAGAGAAGAGUGAAUCCCUUGGAAACACAAUUCUCGUUAAUCAAGAAGAAGAUGCUUCGCCACAUCCAGUAUACACACCACGAGGAAUCCCCAUUAAUGAAUUUGUGCUCAAUUAUAAUAAGCCAGUUGGUGAUUCCAACCUUGGUGAAGAGACAGAGAGAAGAACGGCAAUUGUCAACCUGUUUGACGAACAAGUUCGUGAUUUGGUUGAUGGGCUGGAUAAUUUCUUAACUUCCUGUUUCGAUGGGAUUUGCACCAUUGUUGAUGACUCUAUUGACUAUUGUUUGAACUUAUGCUGA